AUGUCGGCGUACGCGGAUAUGAUCGAUACAUCCAUCGGGGGCGAUGGCGCGCUGAGCGACGACGAAGCCGCGGCGUUGGCGACGGGUGGGACGAUGGACGCCGAGAGCACGGCGAGGCGCGCGCGCGGACCGCUCGCCGAGGCGUUCGAGCUGUUUAAAGCGUUGUCCAAGGGAGCGCACAUCGUGCAGAGCGACGACGGGCGAACGAUGUGA